CUUCGGUGAUUUUCUCUCAUCAUCACUGACAUCAGCCUUCCCAGCGGCGCGCAUCAGGGAGCGCGCUCGACAAUCAGUGCCCGAGACAGUUCAUCUAUGAUCUGCUUCUUCACUCAGCUCCCUUUCAACGGAUUAAUACACGCAGGUGGCGCUGUGUUUGAAGAUGGCAGCUCCGGGCUUGUGUCAUCUCUUUGCCCUGCUCCUUAUCACACUGUCCCACACCUCGCACAGCUCUGAGAUCCCAUCUGAAAAUGCCAAACAGAGUCUGACCAGGUCUUCCACCUCCACCACUGACUCCAAGCCAGACCCUGACAUGGGUCUUCUGGGCGACAGCCAGCGAAGAAGACACCUGUCACGCAAAGAGAGUGAUAAUGCUGGGCUGCUCUCUCGAAGGCCUGUGGACCGACUGGAGGAUGAUGGGACAAGUCUAGAGGGUCUGAGCCCUGUAAGGCUGGAGAUGGGGCCUGGAGACAGUAUGAGGGUGGAGGUUCACGAUGAAGUCAGGGGUCCUGCUCAUAUGCGGCGGGGAAAUCAUUCACCAGAGGGAGAGUUCAAUCGUAAAGGCAGGAGAUGUGGCCAUGGGCAUCUGGCUGAGCACAGAAAGCAGGGAGGCAAAAGAGACAAAGGUCGCGCUAAAGGGGAUCUCUAUGACCCUGAACCAGAAUUAGACUCCUUGUUGAAGGACAUGAAUGCAUUUGAUGAUGGUCUUUAUACCUCCUCUCCCAAUUACGACAAUACUCCACUCACUGAAGCUCCCUCCCGUCUCUCCCCCAUUUUGGUAACCACGGAAAUCGACGAGCAUCCCCCAACACUGCCCCCAGCCUCCACCAAACCCCAGGUACCCUGGCGAGCAGAAGCGUCCUUGAAUACGAAGAAGUCUGGUCGAGGGAAGGUUCAAGGGGAGGUGAUGCCCACUCUGGACAUGACGCUCUUUGACUGGACUGAUUAUGAGGAUAUGAAGCCUGCAGACACUUGGCCAUCCAACAAAAGAAAAGAUAAACGCCGCAGCAAAAACAAGAGCAAUGGGAACACAACGCUUGAUUCCGAAGUCAUUGAACCAUGUGACCAUCAUCUUGACUGCCUUCCAGGUUCUUGUUGUGACCUCAGAGAACAUGAGUGCAAACCUCACAACCAUGGUCUAAACAACAAGUGUUAUGAUGACUGCAUGUGUGAGGAAGGUCUGCGUUGUUAUGCCAAGUUCCACCGCAAGAGGCGGGUGACCCGAAGACGUGGCCGCUGCGUGGAGCCAGAAUCAGCCAACAGCAACCAAGGGGCCUUCAUCACCAUCUGACAUAUAAAGAGAUGCAUCCUCAUACCCCAUGACUGAUAAGGGACUGAGCCUUAAGAAUGUGGGCCAAAGUUAAACAUCCAUC